CUGUUCUUGAAUUUCUAUUUAUUUACUCUUGGCCGCAAAAUAUUUUUUUUGUUUUCGUAUUCUUUAUUCUUGAAGAAAAAAGUUUGUAGAGAGAAAGAGGGUGAACUCUUUGAGCUAAUUUUUCUAUUGGAAAUAUUUAUGUAUUAAUUCUCCCUAAAAAUUAAUUUCAAAAAUAAUUUUAAUUUUUGAAUGGAGCCAAUCCUUUUUGCUAGCCCAAAACAUUUUGUAGACGGACAUGUUGUUAAAGUUGGCCUUAAACAUAAUGAAUUAUUUGUUGCUUAUCGAGACAAAACAUUGUUGGAGAUUUGGUCUGUAAAUUGCUAUAUUCCUUCUUCUUGGCAACAAUUAUUUAAACAAGAAUAUCAUGAUCUUUUUUAUGCUAAAUGUACACUAUCAAUUGAACAAAAUGCUAUUUUUGUUUUAGUUGCUGCUUUUUUUGGGCGUGAUGGAGGUGUUUGUAUUCUUCGUUAUGAUCUAGAUAAUCACCUUCUAGAAGAAUUUUCAUUAGAUUCAGAAGAGGCUUAUAAAUUUGAAGAAGUUACAUUAGAAAGAGUUGGACUAGUUUGUGGACAUAAAGAAAGGCAAUUAUUUCUUUAUGAUCGUACAAUGGUUACUGGACAAAUACCUUUUUGGAAUAUUUAUUUAAAUGAAGAAAAGAUGACUUUCUGUGUAAAUUCACUCCCAAUUCUUGAUCAAGAAAAUAUUUGUGAAAACUGUACACGUUUCCCAGUUGUUAUUGAUGGAGAUAAAAGAAGGGCUUUGAGAAUAAGUAAUGACUAUAAAGUUUUUAUUUAUAAUUCUGAUAGUGAAUGUUGGGAAUUAUUUAAUGUUGAUGAUGGAAAGUCUGGACUGGAUUUGUCCUAUUUUGCUGUACGUGGACUUAAUGAAACAUUUGGGCGUAACUGGCAUCGAAUUACUGUAAUUGAAUCGAAAUUAUCAAUUUUUGUUGAUGGAGAUUUUUGUUUUUUUAAAGUUCUCAGAAAUGGAGAACAUUUUUUCUUUAAAUUUACAAUUUCAAUGAAAGAAUGUACUUAUAGACUAGAGCAUUGUGGAUGUAUAUCUUUAGAUAAGAGAUUAGAAACUCUUUGUUUCUUGUCUUGUUCUAAAUUAAAAAUUGCUUUUGUCAACAAACAUAUUGUUGGAUUUGUAGCAAUUCAGCCACCAGAGUUAAGGGAAAUAUGCUUUUGGGCUAUACAAAAAGAAUAUUUUGUUAAAAGAACUUGUGAUAAUUUGUGGAAAGGAGGGAAAACUGAAAAGGAAUUAAGAAAAAUACUUUCAAUUAAUUCAAAUUUAAAACUCAUUGAUUAA